AUGCACCGUAUGCACGUCUAUCCAUCCAUGUGCCGGAGAUGGUGAUGGGUGCUGAUAGCAAUCUCCGGGUCCUAGACGCCGGCGUGGUCAGGCCGUCCAACCUCCACCUCCCGCCGCGCUCACUCCCACUCACUUUCUUUGACGUCAAAUGGCUCCGCCCGCCGCCUGUCCAGCGCCUCUACCUCUACCGCCUCCACCACCACCAAGACACCACCCACCUAAUCUCUGACCUCAAGGUCUCGCUCUCCAAGGCCCUCACCCUCUUCUACCCGCUGGCCGGCCAUGUCCGCCUCACCCCUGGCGCUCCCAACAGCAACCGCUACGAGCUCUUCUACCAGCCGGGCGACGGUGUCUCCUUCACCGUCGCCGAGUACGACACCGACAUCGACGACCUUGCCCAGGACGACCCCGUCCAGGUGGCCAAGCUCGCGCCUCUGGUGCCACCGCUGCCCAAAGGCCGUGCCGUGCUCGCCGUGCAGGCCACGGUGCUAUCCGGGGGGCAGGGCCUCGCUCUCGGUGUCACCGUGCAUCACACCGCCUGCGACGGUGCCAGCUCCACGCACUUCAUGGACACCUGGGCUGCGGCCUGCGCUGGCGCCGACAUGCCGCCAACUCCCGUCAUUGACCGCACGCUCAUCGCCGACCCCAGAGGUCUAUACGACAUCUACUGCAAAGGACUGCCGAGCGACGACGAGAUCGAGUUCAUGAGCAGCAGCGUGUCCUCUAUCCCGGACGACCAGCUCCUCGCCACAUUCACGCUGCCUCAGGAGCUCCUACACGGCGUCAAGAAUAUGCUUGCCGAUGAGGCUGCCAAGCAGGGCGCGCCAUCUCCCAGAUGCUCGUCGCUGCUCGCCGCCUUCAGUUUAAUGUGGUCCUGCUACUGCCGAGCCAAAGAGGAACAAAACCAAACAAAAACAACCUACUUCCUCUUCUCUGUGGAUCACCGAGCGCGAUUGAAGCCGCCCGUCCCUGACAGGUACCUAGGGAACUGCCUAGGUCCGGCAAUCGCUGCCGCGCGCCAUGACGAGAUUGCGGCUACCGGCAAGGGAGGCCUCUUGGUGGCAUUCAUGGCAUUGUCCGACGCCCUCCAGGAAGAGGUGGGCGAGAGUUCACAGGACAGGUGGGACGGGUGUGUUGAGCGGGUGAAGGAGGCGGUCAAAUCUGGUGUCCUCUCCGUCGCUGAUUCACCAAGGUUCCGCGUGUACAACCUCGAUUUCGGGUUCGGGAAGCCGGUGAAGGUGGAUGUGGUGUCCGUGGCAAAAACCUCCGCAAUAUCGGUGGAGGAGGCACGCAACCACGGUGGCGGCAUCGAGGUAGGGAUCUCAUUGCCGACAAGCAGCAUGGAGAGUUUUCAGCGGUGUUUUGCCGAUGCCAUGCAAGAGCUAGCGGGUCUAUAGUUGAUGAGAAAAGCCCUUGCUUGGAUGGAUCAACAUGCAUGUGUUUCUUUGUUGUAAUAUGAUACGAGUGUAACUUUUCAAGUUUUCAUAUCUAGUUUAUAUCAAUUUAUAAUGCAUGAUUUAAUAACUUAUUUGAACUAA